AUGGCGCGGACUGCGAGCGUCGCAGCCAGCGUACUCGUGCUCCUCGCGUGGGCCGCCGCCGUGCCCAUUUGCUCAAUGGGCAUGUUCGUCGACGUUGCCAGCGUCAUGACCAGCUCGCGCAGCUUGGCGCCGUGCCUUCGCGCCUGUGGCGUCAGCUUUGCAGAAUACAACGCGGGCCAGUUUCCAAGCGACGCGCAGUGGCAGCGUUUUUCCGUCACGCCCGACUGCCAGGCCUUUUACGCAGAGCUCAAGUCGACCUUCGCAGCACUCGACGAGUGCAUUGUCCCGACGGCCAAUGGUCCGCUGAACCUCCACCACUUGGAGAACGUUCCGAUCGAGACGCUUCUGCGCUUGACGUACCCAAUUGCGCACCCCAAUUACACGCAAACGAACGCCACCGCGCCGCCAUUGCACGCGGCCUCCUGGGCCACACGCCACUUACUAGACACCGGGCUCGUGGUGGCCAUUGUGAUGCUCGUACUACCACUAGGCUAGCACUGUGAC